AAAUUGAAAGCCCACUUCUGGCAAAGAAUCUGUAAGGAAUCUCCUUAGAGAUUCUUUGCUUCUGCUGCAGACGUGCGCAAGGCGAAUAGUUCCGGAAACAGUGUACUUGUAUUUCAUACUUUUACAUGCGCUUGUACUUAAAACUAGAAAAGAAUGACAACGAAAGAUAAGUUUUUAGCAGCUGUUGAAAUAAUUCAUAGUCUCCCUCUAAAUGGAACUUUUCAACCUUCUGAAAAUCUGAUGUUGAAAUUAUAUGCUUAUCAUAAGCAAGCUACAGAAGGUCCAUGUCAAACAUCCAAGCCUCCAAUAUGGGAUUUAUCAGCUCGAAAUAGAUGGUAUGCAUGGACGGAUUUAGGAAACAUGUCAGAAAAAACUGCCAUGGAGAAAUAUGUAGAGGAAUUGACUAAGGUUAUAGAAACAAUGUCUUACAAUGAAAAAGUUUCCAAAUUCAUGUCAUUAAUAGGACCAUUUUAUGAAGUAGUCAUGUCUGAUGAAGUGGAUUCUGCAAAUGAGAAGAAAGUUCACAAUGGCAAAUGUGUUGAAUAUCCUUUUCCAAAGACUAUCUUAGAGAGCCUUCAAAUUGGUAAAGAAGUGAAAUGUAAAUAUGACCUAGAGUCUUCAUUAAAAAAAUCUAAACAUGACAACCUGAGACAGAGUAUUUCUAGAAAAAAUUCACAAUUGUAUUCAGCCACAGAAUUUAUGCCAUCUUUUGUCAAAACUGAUGGUAUUGAUGUCUUUAAAACCAACAGCAGAGUCUUAAGGAAUAGUACAUUGCCAUCUCAGAAAGACCUUUUCAUGUUAACUCUCACAAAUAUGCAAAACUCUAUGGAAGAUAUUGUCAAAAAGCUUGAUGACCUGGUGAUUUUAGCCAAAACCUUUAACGCUGGAAUUCAAGAGGUUACAAAUGAAAACAAGAACUCAGAAUGUGAUGAUUUAACCACAGCAAGCACAACAUUUGCAUUUUUAUGGCCUAUAAUAGUGCAGCUAUUUUUUUAAUUAUUUGUAUAGAACUUUAGAUGCUGAAGUUACUUAUGAAUGGUAUCUUCAAGCUACUACAACUAGAUAUUUGUUAUAUUAGCAUAUUUGUGAUUUUACUUUUAGAUAUACAUACAACAUUUAUUUCAUUAAGUUAUACAUGUAUCAUAAACUGUUACGUUUCAUUCAUUUUUCAUGUUUUAAUUAUUUUUCUGAUUAUGUAUAAACAUUUUGUUUGUUCAUGUUUGCUUGAGAAUAGAAUCGUUUUAAAUUAAUCUUUCAGAUUUAACAUCAUUUUAAUUUUAUCUAUUUAUGCAUAAUAUUUUGGCAGGCAAGCACAAGAAUGACAAAGAAGGCUCUAGCUUUGAAGGUUCCACAUCUUUAUUCAUUUCUCACUGCAGAUCAUUUUUUUACUUUAGAUUAAGUUCUCCAAAAUUACAUAUUCAAUAGUGAUUUAAAUAAAUAAGAUUAACUUGAAAUUUACUGCAUCACACUAUUCGAACAAAGGGAGACAGAUGGGAAG